CCGGCGGGCGGCGAGCGAGCCCGGAGUCGGGAUCCCGCCGCGGCGCUGCGCCCCGGGAGGGAGCGCUUUGAGUGCAGUGAGGCCGGGCUAGGGGGGCACCCCGGACCAGCCCCGCCGGCUCUGCCGCGGCGACCUCCGGGCCGACACUCGGGACCCUGCGGGCGGCGUCACAGAUUUCUGCUUGACAGAUUAACCAAAAGCAAGAGAGGCUGAUCUGUCUACGUUCUGAGUGCUGCCUUCUGCAAGACCAGCAUUAUAGACCCUAGACCCAAGUCUGCCACACUGCCAUAGUGUUACCCACCCCAGGCAUUACUCUGGGGUCUGCCUGAGGCCAGCAGUGCGAAGAUGACCAGUGCCUUGCUAGCAUGACGACCUUGGACCAUGUGAUCGCUACCCACCAGUCAGAGUGGGUCUCCUUCAAUGAGGAGCCACUCUUCCCCGUCCCUCCUGAGGGGGGCACCGAAGGGCACCUCGCAGGACUGUCGUCCUCCUCGGGCCAGUCCGAGAGCUCCUCAGGGGAGAACCAAGUGGUGGAUGGAGGCUCUCAGGACCUUUCCCACUCGGAGCAGGAUGACUCCUCUGAGAAGAUGGGCCUCAUCUCCGAAGCAGCCUCCCCUCCUGGGAGCCCCGAGCAGCCCCCAGCUGACCUGGCCUCCGCCAUCAGCAACUGGGUUCAAUUUGAAGAUGACGCACCCUGGGCCAGUGUGUCACCACCUCACAAAGAAACAGGCCUACCAUUGACCAUGCCAUGCUGGACGUGCCCUUCCUUCAACUCCCUGGGGAGAUGCCCGCUGACCUCUGAGAGCAGCUGGACCACACAUUCUGAAGACACCAGUAGUCCUAGUUGUGGCCCCUCGUACACAGACCUGCAGCUCAUUGGCGCAGAGGAGCAGAUGAGUGGCAGGGCCUCUGGGGCUGACUCGACUGACGAGAGGACGGAGUGGCAGACAGGCAGGCAGACGGCAGUGAGUCCUGUUCAAGCAUGCACGGAGCAUACCUCUACCCGCACCCACGUCUUGGACCCCUCGCCUCCCUCACCUCACUCCAGGAGGAGCCAGAGUCCCCGCGAGGGUCUGGAGGGGACCUCUGCUCCCAAGGACAAUUCUUCCUCACUCCAGGAAGAUGAAGAGGUAGAGAUGGAGGCCAUCAGCUGGCAGGCCAGCAGUACAGCCAUGAACGGACACCCUGCCACUCCAGUAACUUCUGCUCGUUUCCCCAGCUGGGUCACUUUUGAUGACAAUGAAGUCAGGUGCUCUUUGCCACCCAUCACCUCUCCUCUGAAGUCGAACACACCAACUGUUGCAUCUGUGAUCCCAGAUGUACCUUAUAAUUCAACUGAGUCAUUUAAGAAGAGGGAACGUCCCAAGAGCACGUUGAUGAACUUCUCCAAAGUUCAGAAGCUGAACGUUUCCUCCUUAAACCAUCCACCUUCUAUAACUGAGGCUCCACCCUGGAGGGCAACCAAUCCUUUCCUGAAUGAGACUCUACAGGAUGUACAGCCCUCCCCUAUCAACCCUUUUAGUGCUUUCUUUGAGGAGCAGGAAAGGCGCUCCCAAAACAAUUCCGUUUCCAGUACCACAGGCAAAAGCCAAAGAGAUUCUCUCGUUGUCAUCUACCAGGAUGCCAUCAGUUUUGAUGACUCAAGCAAAAACCUGUCACACUCUGAUGCUGUUGAAAAACUCAAACAACUCCAAAUUGAUGACCCUGAUCACUUAGGCAAUGUAACACUAGCUGAUGAUGACCCAGUAGGUUGGAUUGAACUAGAUGACCACCCUCCUGGUUCAGCACUGUCCCAGCCCAGGGAUGGGUGGCCAAUGAUGCUAAGGAUCCCUGAGAAGAAAAACAUCAUGUCCUCUAGGCACUGGGGACCCAUCUACAUCAAACUGACGGACAGUGGUUACCUGCAGCUGUAUUAUGAGCAGGGCCUAGAAAAACCAUUCCGUGAGUUCAAGCUAGAGAUCUGCCAUGAGAUUUCAGAACCCCGACUCCAAAACUAUGAUGACAAUGGCAGGAUCCACAGCUUGCGGAUAGACCGUGUCACCUACAAGGAAAAGAAGAAGUAUCAGCCCAAACCUGCUGUUGCCCACACAGCAGAGAGGGAACAAGUGAUUAAGCUGGGCACCACCAAUUACGAUGACUUCCUGAGCUUCAUCCGUGCAGUUCAGGAUCGUCUCAUGGAUCUGCCUGUGUUAUCAAUGGACUUGAGCACAGUAGGCUUGAACUACCUUGAGGAGGAGAUUACAGUGGAUGUCAGAGAUGAAUUCUCUGGCAUUGUGAGCAAAGGAGACAACCAGAUUCUCCAGCACCAUGUCCUGACACGGAUCCACAUUCUGAGUUUCCUCUCUGGGCUUGCAGAGUGCCGCUUGGGCCUGAAUGACGUCCUCAUCAAAGGGAACGAAAUAGUCUCCCGGCAAGACAUCGUGCCGACCACCACCACAAAGUGGAUCAAGCUACACGAGUGCCGUUUUCACGGGUGUGUGGACGAGGAUGUAUUCAACAACUCACGGGUUAUUCUGUUCAACCCUUUGGAUGCGUGCCGCUUUGAGCUAAUGCGGUUCAGGACAGUAUUUGCUGAGAAGACUUUGCCUUUCACGCUUAGGACAGCAGCAAGCAUCAAUGGGGCAGAGGUGGAGGUGCAGAGCUGGCUCAGGAUGUCAACCGGCUUCUCCUCUAACUGUGAGCCCCUCACUCAGGUUCCCUGUGAGAAUGUGAUGGUCCGCUACCCUGUGCCCAGCGAGUGGGUGAAAAACUUCCGCAGGGAAAGUGUCCUGGGGGAAAAGUCUUUGAAAGCCAAAGUGAACCGGGGGGCCAGUUUUGGUUCAACUAGUGUAUCUGGCUCUGAGCCUGUCAUGAGAGUAACUCUGGGAACUGCCAAGUACGAACAUGCCUUCAACUCAAUUGUGUGGAGGAUAAACCGACUGCCUGACAAAAACUCCGCUUCUGGUCACCCACACUGUUUCUUCUGCCACCUUGAACUUGGCUCUGACCGGGAAGUGCCUUCUAGAUUCGCCAAUCAUGUGAAUGUCGAGUUCAGCAUGCCCACAACUUCUGCCUCCAAAGCUGCUGUAAGAUCCAUCUCCGUGGAAGACAAGACCGAUGUCAGGAAGUGGGUCAAUUAUUCCGCACACUACAGCUACAAGGUGGAGAUUGAGCAGAAAAAGAGUUUGAAGCUGGACUUUGAAGGGGAUGAAAUGGAAAAUCCCAAGGAGUGUGGGGUCCAGUGAUGAAGCCCUACUGCAGGGGUCUUGACCCCGAGUCACGAGAGGAUGUCUUCCUGAAUAGCUGAAGUUCAAGUCAGUCCCUGCCGAGACUACUCCACGUUGGGCAUGGUGGAUUGGACCUUCCUGUUCGCAGUUACCUACAUAUUAACAGGAAACCCUGAGAGGUGGUUGCUUUGCAGAGGCUCUGAUUGUGCCCAGAGCACCUGGUUAAGUGACUUUUGGAGCUAGUUAAUUAAGCUUCUUAUCUCUGCUCAUCUCACAGCCGUGUGGUUCGUUGUGGCUGUGAGAGUUGGGAAAAGAACCUCCCACUUCCCAGCUGGCGUGAUUUCCUUCUGAUGUUCUCCUGUCACGUGAGCUUCUGGAAAACAUGGUCUUGAGAGGUUAAUUAAGAAUCCAUCUCUGUCACUCCUUCUAGAAAAGGUUCAGAAAAGGUACAAAACAAAUUUCCUCUUUGGGUCCACUGGUCCUUUUGUAGGUGUCUCCAUUCUUUAAGUAUUAACACUAUGCAAUAGAAGUUUUUGAGACGUUUUUGAGACGUUUUGAUCAAAACACUUUUUCCAUCACUCUAAGGUUUCAGUCUCAGGGUUCACCACCCUGACCCACAAUAGACAAUGGAAAAAAGGUACAAUAGCAUACUUUUUUAUUCUGCGAUGAGCCCCACUUUCUGCAUAAGAUGACUGUUGAAGGGAAAGCAAAAUUGAGCUUAAUUUUCUUUACUCACCCUGGGGAAAAGGGACAUUAAUUGUAAGAUUAUAUUCAAUUCAGGAGACAGCUCAAUCUCAGUGAAUUCCAAAAUUCACACAAAAAUAUAGGCCAUUUCUGAUUCCUGAAACAAAUGAAUAUAUAUAUUUAUUAUACCUCAGUCGUUUGUCAGGGGCAUUUGGGAGCUCUUUUUAUACCUCAUAGCGAAUAGACAAUUGCAUGUCUCUUUAACUCAAACUUUAUAAGAAAUGUGUGCUGAAAAGAUCAUUUAAAAGCUGUUUCAAUACUAAGCUUUUCCCAGAAAUUCAGAGUUUGAUAAUCACAUUAUUGUAAUAGAUCUAAAAGGCAGAAGACUCUAGGGUAGAGGUGAGAGAAAGCCAUAUUUUCCUAAUGUUGGAAACAUUAAAUCCUAAUUUCAAGAGUCUAGGAUACCCAAUCUUCUUUCCCUUCAUCCAUUCAUGCUUCCAU